AUGCUACCGCCUGCCGCCGGUGACGGCUCAGGCACUGGGUUUCAGGAGGACCUCAAUAAUGUUCUCUGCUGUCCCGACUGUCGGGAAAUUCCCCCCAACCUGGUGGAGGAAUUCUCCAGCGGAGACAUGGUGUGCCAGAGCUGCGGUGUCGUGGUAGGCACGCGCAUCAUUGACACGCGAUCUGAAUGGCGUACAUUUGCCAACGACGACCAGAACGGAGAUGAUCCCAGUCGUGUGGGUGGCCCCCAGGAUGAGUUCGUCGAGGGACAGCAGCUCGCCACGUCGGUUGCCUUUUCCGAGUCUCGUCAGCACAAGAACCUGUUACGUGUGCAAAACAACACCAACCAGGAUAAGCAGCAGAGGGGCCUCAUGCAAGCGUACAAGGAGAUUGUGUCACUAUGCGAGGCUAUCAACAUGGGUCAGAACGUAUCCAAUGCCGCCAAACACAUUUUCAAGCUUGUGGACAAGUACAAGUUUAUGAAGGGCAAGCCGCAAGAGGCUGUGAUUGCCGGCUGCAUCUUCAUCGCAUGUCGCCAGAACAACGUACCUCGCACGUUCCGAGAGAUUUUCAACCUGACGAGUGUGAGCAAGAAGGAAGUUGGCAGAGUCUUUAAGCAGCUACAAAACUUCUUGCAAAAGCUGCAGGACACAGAGGGUGAGGCGACGGGCCUCAAUACCGUCACCAACUACGAGAAUACAUCGGUUGGUGCUGAGGACCUGUGUAGCCGCUACGUAUCGCAGAUUGGCUUCAAGGCGCAGCAGAAGAUUUCCAAAAUUUCUCGCGAGCUUGCCGAGCAGGCGAACGAUAUUGCAGCACUAGCGGGCCGCUCGCCGUUGUCGGUGGCGGCUGCAUGCAUCUACAUGGCCUGCCACCUGGUGGGCGAACCGAGGGCAUCGCUCCCCAUUGCCAAACAGGCUGGCGUUAGCGACGGCACGGUCAAGACAGCGUACAAGCACCUGUUUGUAGCGCGCGAACGUCUCAUCAAGAAGGAAUGGCUUGAUGACGGAGGCAACAUGGACAACAUCCCGCAGGUGCAGCUUUAG